CCCUUUUUCCUCUCUGUCCAUCCUUGGAAUACAUAUUUUUGUGUGUGCGUUAUUGAGAGACAGAUUCUGUGGGGUCCAUUCCUUCAAAUUUCCAUUCGUUUUUUUCUUCUGGCCUUGUUGGAAACCUUUCUGCCAUGUGCAAACGAUGCCUAUCACAGAGUUAACCCUUAAUGAGCCAUAAAGGACGACAGGGAAUGAUGAGUGAGUGUUCUGGGGCAGCUGCAUCUGGGGCAGUAAUCCUGGAAGAACCUGAAGGUUCGGGGGCUUCUGCGGGCCAGGGGGAGGGCCAGGCCCAGGAACAGGGUCCCCUUCGCUGUGCAGUUUGGCCUCGUCAGCAGACAUGGCUGUGUGUGGUUCCAUUACUUAUUGGUUUUAUUGGCCUUGGAUUGAGCCUGAUGCUGCUGAAAUGGAUUGUUGUUGGUACAGUGAGGGAUUACGUCCCAACAGAUCUAGUGGAUGCAAAUCGAAUAGGACAAGAUCCCAUCUUCCUCUCCAAGCCAAGUGGGAUUCCCAAGAGCCCCGAUACUACCACUACUACAACUACUCCUACAAUCGAUAGCAGGAACCCCACUGCUAGAACUGCUACUGUGGCAAAAGGUAGAACUCGCACUACUGCUACCACCACAACUAUAAAUGCUAGAGGGGGCGGGGCGUCAGGCAGUCAGGUAACUCCUCGGAAUCCUGGAAGUCGUAAUGGACGUGGACCUUCAGGUUUUACCACAACUACUGCAGCACCACGUACAACUUUCAUAAUUGGAGCUGCAACAUCUAGCUCCUCACCGCCCAAUCCGACGGUUCUUCAUGACUCUACACAGAUGUGGACGGCAGAACAUACUACUACAGAGACGAUCUCCACCACACUCACUACACGUACGCACAGUCACCGCAAAACCCCAUCUCCAACUGUCCCUCCGCUACACUCGGAGCAUUUCAAGCCCUGUCAUGAGAAGGACUUGGCCUACUGCCUAAAUGGUGGCGAAUGCUUUGUCAUCGAGACACUCAGCGGGCCUCACAAACACUGCAAGUGUCGAGAAGGAUACCAAGGAAUCCGCUGUGACCAGUUUCUGCCCAAGACUGACUCCAUCCUGUCGGACCCAAUUGAUCACUUGGGCAUCGAGUUUAUGGAGAGCAAAGAGGUGUAUAAGAGACAGGUGCUGUCAAUCACAUCCAUCGCCAUGGCAAUUAGCCUCCUGGGAACGCUGUGCAUGGCCCUCUACUGCCGCAACAAGAGGCGCAGAGAAAAACUCCAGGCCCACCUGAAGGAGAGUCGCAGUUUGAAAAACUACACUACUAGUUCCCAUAAUGCCCUAGAAGCCAAAAUGAGGGCCUCUAACACCAACCUGCAAAUUCAUGAGUGCUGCAAACGGCCAUCCCAGUCUCGCCAGGGAAACGUCUGCGAGUCCAGCUUUUCACACUGCAGCAUCACGACUACGCCACCCAGAAGCUCCAGAGGCACAGUAAAACAUCACAGAAGCAGUUCCCUGUCUCACAGCCCUGACCAGAGAAUGCGGGCAGCCCAUUGGUCAGCUCCUCGCCGGACUCCACCCAUACCCAAAGGAAGAUUAAACCCAAUUGGAGUUUCCAAGUAUUCUGGCCCCGCCUACCAGCACCUUCAGGAAGUGGACUCAUCUGAGAAGGAAGCAGAAGCACAAAGAGGUGUCCAAGUGCAGGGAGAGAACCAGUGUGAUGACACCUUCCUACAUAUGCAAGCUCCUGCGAUGCAGGCAUUGUCGCCAUCGCCUUGGAGCGGCUGCGUGGAGGUACGCGCACAUCUGUGUCCUCCAUCUGAACCCAAUCCCACCACUCGCAGCCUGAGAAGGCCGGGACGCCGUCAAAGCCACUCCCCACCUCCCCCGUUCCGCUCCUGCUCUAUUCCCAUCAUUCCAUCUGUGCAGUGUCACCAUGACAAUGAGGUGUCUUGCAUGCAAACCACCCCAGCGACCACAACGAUGUCAGUCACCUGUGGGGCCACGCCUUGCAAGGAGGAGAAGAAAGAAAAGGCAGCGCACGCCCCGUUGUUUUCAUCUUCCUGCUCGUCUGCCAUUGGACGGCAGCAGGAUGAGGUGGCCCUGCUGCUCGAAGAGGCACAGGAGCAACUCAGGGCGUUGGCGCUGGCUCACAGGAAGCAGGAGGGGGGCGGAGUCUUCACCGGCACCUCAACGGUUGCACUGGUGGAAGCCAGAGAAACUGUUUGCUUCCUGAACGUUAACGGAGGAAGUGCCGGGGCGCUGAGCUGUAACGGACCCACGCAGACCCAGCUACUCAGCCCCAGCCUAUCACACAGAGACCUGGGCCAAACCGGCCAAUGAGAGGGCACGAUUUAGGACAUUCACUUACUGUUUUACACUGUUUGACAGACUCUGGUGUUCUGCAUCUGUGGGAUGAGAAUGAAAAUGCUGAAUUAAAAAACAAAAAAGAAAAAUGUAAUAUCAUGGAUAAUCUGAAAUGUGCUGAUGAUAUGCAUACUGUAUGUACACAAGCAUACAAACACUCGAGUGGCCGCCUUUACACCGACUGACAGUAUGGAAAAAGAAAAAAAAAUAUUCACAUGCAUUUAUUUACCAAACAAGAGAAACACUUCUACUUAGACAAAAAGAAACCAAAUAGUCUGUCAGAUCCAUGGUGUUUUUAAUUGUAAAAAGAAUAUAUAAAUAUAUAUAUAUAAAUAUAUAUGGAUAUAAAUAUAUGGAAUUCAAAAGUGACCAAGUAAAGUUGAAGAACACAGGAAUGAUGUAACUAUUUUUGUUUGUUUUUUUCGUUCUCUUGGUUUUGUAUUCUCACAUUUUGGUUCUGGCUCGAUGAAGAACUCCAUUAAUGUCCCGCCGCACGUCCGCGAGUCGUGAAUCGGAUUCUGCGAGCCUGCGCGGAAUCAAAAACGACCAACGAGAAAAAGGAGCCACCACACCAAUUUCACCCCCCUUUGCCUUUUGAAAAACUGUUACCCAGCCAAGAAUUACAACGCAGCCGUCUGUGGUAAUCAAAAACACUUUGAGGAUUUACGACGCAAAACAAAAACUCCCCAGCUUUGUGUGUGCGCGUGUGUGUGUCUGUGCUGGGAAGCCACGAGGGACGAGACAAGGAAAAACUAGGGUUUCAUUUGGAGCCACUCGGAUUUAGGAGGGCAGAUUGUGGAGAUACUGACUCCAGUUUGGCCAGUGUUGGAAACCAGUCUAGAUUAUUUUUGUUUUUAUUACAAAUUAUAUUUUCACACUCAUAUGCACACACGCUCGCCUGUGAAUUAUUAUUUGGUUGCUUGAACGAAUGAACAGAAGGACUGAGAAGGACAGUGGGCUACGGGGCUCUACGGGAGUGGAUGUUUGUUUUGUUUUCCAUUUCUUUGGUUAUUAAUGAACAAUGCUGCUUUCUGGGGCUGAUGGGAGGGACAACCACAUGGUUUUGGUAUUGAAACAAGAAAUAAAUGUCUCUAUGUUGUAUCCUAUGAAUUGGAAGCUUUUGAAUCUCUGUAUGAAGUUACAGCCAAAUGUCUCUGGUGUCACAAAGUAUAAAAACAAUGGUUGCAAUU